UCGAGAGGCCGGCUGUUUGUUGUCAUCAAGAUGGAGUUUCUGCUGGGGAACCCGUACAGCACCCCGGUGGGGCAAUGUAUCGAGAAAGCCACAGAUGGCUCCCUUCAGAGCGAGGACUGGACGCUAAACAUGGAGAUCUGUGACAUCAUCAACGAGACAGAAGAAGGGCCAAAAGAUGCGAUCCGCGCCUUAAAGAAAAGGUUGAAUGGAAACAAAAAUUACAGAGAAGUGAUGCUGGCAUUAACGGUCUUGGAAACCUGCGUGAAAAAUUGCGGCCACCGCUUUCACGUGCUUGUGACGCACCGCGAUUUCAUAGAUGGGGUCCUGGUGAAGAUUGUCUCCCCUAAGAACAACCCUCCAACUAUUGUUCAGGACAAAGUGCUGGCUCUGAUCCAGGCUUGGGCAGAUGCUUUCCGGAGCAGUCCUGACCUCACUGGAGUUGUCCAUAUUUAUGAAGAGCUGAAGAGGAAAGGAAUAGAGUUUCCUAUGGCAGAUCUGGAUGCGCUGUCUCCCAUACACACACCACAGAGGAGUGUACCAGAAGUGGAUCCAGCUAUGAACAUGCAUACUUCUCAGUCCCAGCAGCGGGCCAACACUGGAACAUUCUCCACCAUUUCCUCCACUCAGUCACCAUACACCACCCCGGCAGGACCACCGCAAAAUGUGGGCGGACCAAUUACCGCCAACUCUGAGCAGAUCGGCCGCCUGAGGAGUGAACUCGAUAUAGUACGUGGAAACACUAAAGUCAUGUCUGAGAUGCUAACAGAGAUGACUCCGGGCCAGGAGGAUGCAUCCGAUCUGGAACUGCUACAGGACCUAAACAGGACCUGCAGGGCAAUGCAGCAAAGAAUUGUGGAACUGAUCUCCCGAGUGUCCAAUGAGGAGGUGACCGAGGAACUGCUCCAUGUGAACGAUGACUUGAACAAUGUCUUCCUCAGAUAUGAGAGGUUUGAACGCUACAGAACAGGCCGCACUGCACAAAACACUAAUGGGGUCCUGAGUGAGGUCACCGAGGACAACCUUAUAGACCUUGGCCCUGGAUCACCAGCUGUGGUCAGCCCAAUGGUGGGCAACACUGCCCCGGCAUCACUAACCACCCAGCUUGGUGGACUUGAUAUGGGCACGAAUACUGUGAGCUCUACACUUAGUACCCUCCCAGCCACUAAUCCACGAGAUGACUUUGAUAUGUUUGCACAGACAAGAACUAACUCUCUGGCUGAUCAGCGGAAAAAUGUAACCUACGAAGACCCUCAAGCUCUUGGAGGGCUGGCAUCGGCUCUGGAUGUCCGGCAGCAGAACACAGGAGGGAGGAGAGGGAGAGCUGGCAGCUCAAACUUGGAGCCAAUAGACCAGUGGCUCAUUACACAAGGAAUGAUUCCCGUGGCGCAGGCCUCGGACAUGGAUGACCUAGAGGAAUGGCUCGGUACAGAUGUGAAGGGGGAGGAGCUGGAGGAAGGAGUGACAAGUGAAGAAUUUGAUAAGUUCCUAGAAGAGCGAGCCAAGGCAGCCGAAAGGUUACCGGAUCUCCCAUCUCCUCCCAGCACAGAGCCCGCCGUGGCGAGCAACCCGGCCAACCGAAAGAAACAGGAACGGGUCGAUGAUACGCUAUUCGCAUUGUAA